UCUCGCUUGACAUUUCUCAAUUUUUAUUUUGUUUGUAUUCUAUUUUACUUGAAAAGAAAAUUUUUCAUCCUAAAAUUGCUAAAAAUAAACAUCUCAAUAAGCAUUCUAAAAGAAAAUCCUCAAACAACAAUGGAACUCGACCCAGACAUUGUCAAAGAAUUCGAAAACCUCCUCCUCCCUAACAAAAAACCCACCUCCGACCAACUCAACAAUCCCAUCCCACUUUCAAACAAAAAAUCCCAUCCCACCUUCCAAACAAUCCCCAAAUUCUACUACAAACCCCCUGACCCAUGCACCAACAACAUUCGCCAAAACCUCCGCAAAGAAGCUCAUUCCCUCUUCCUCCAAAAACGCACCCAAGAACUCCUCGACAAUGAAGAACUAAAUUCCCUCUGGGAAAUACUCGAAAAAAACAGUUCCCAAGUCACUCCGAUCGGCCAACAAUUAAUUGGCUACGAUGACUAUCUCAAAGUUCGCGACUCUGUCACUGACAAAUGUCGCAAAUACCUAACUGCCACCCUUUUCGCCAAAUUGCAAUCCUCCUCUGGCUAUCCGGCCAAAGUCGAGAUAACAUCCGUAUUCAAUUACACAAUGCGCAAAGUAUGGCUCCAACAAGGACGCAUUGGCUUGUCCGUGUACGAUUACAAUGGGCAGGGUUACCUGCGAGAAAUCGACAUGGAGAAUUAUAUAAUCGACAUUAUUCCGACACUGUCGCAGUUGAAUGUCGUCGAACAGUCGUUUCAUAGUUUCUAUGUUUGCACGGUGGUGAAGAAGUUCUUCUUCUUUUUGGACCCGUUGCACACUGGGAAGAUUCGAAUUCGUGACAUUCUGGCGUCGGGAUUGUUGGCCGAAUUGUUGGAGUUGCGAGAUGAGGAUGCGCCCAAAGAGAGCCAAGAAAUGAAUUGGUUUUCGGCGCCGUCCGCGUUGACUGUUUAUGGGAAUUAUUUGAAUUUGGACAAGGAUCACAAUGGAAUGUUGAGUAGGGGGGAAUUGGCUGGGUAUGGAACGGGGACGUUUACGUCGGUAUUUUUGGAUAGGGUGUUUGACGAAUGUCGGACUUAUGAUGGGGAAAUGGAUUAUAAGACGUUUUUGGACUUUGUGUUGGCGCUGGACAAUCGGCAUGAGCCGCAGUCGUUGCAUUAUCUUUUUAGGAUAUUGGAUGUGGAGCAUAAAGGGUAUUUGACGGCGUCGACGUUGCACUAUUUUUUUAAGGGUAUUCAAGAGCAGAUUAGGGCGGAGAAUGCUCAGCCGGUUAGUUUUGAGGAUUUGAAGGAUGAGAUAUUUGAUAUGGUCAAGUCGAAGGAUCCGUAUAAGAUAACGCUGCAGGAUUUGAUUAAUUGUGGACAAGCUGAGACGGUUGUAUCGAUUUUGAUUGAGUUUCAUAAAUUUUGGGCCUAUGAGAAUCGAGAGGUUAUUGUGUUUGAGACGAAUCCGGAAGAUGCAGCUCAGAGUGUUUGAAAUUUAUUUGUAUUUGUUUUUUUUUAAUUUUUAGUUUAUAUAAAAAUUUCUAGUUUUAAGAACAUUCCAUGGAAAGUGGAUUUACUUAAAGAUUUUUUACAAGAAUUUUUG